UUUUUUAUGUACGGAAAAUCCAAAACAACGAAGCCAAUUUCCUCAAACUUUCCUCCCAAACUCCUUUAAAUCAAUUUGAAACUGUGCAGUGGUGGUAGUUUUCUUUUAUUUUCUGUUCUUUUUUCGUUUAGUUCUUCUUCUGAUCCCCCGUUUGCAGGAGGGAAAAGAAGGGAAUACACAAAGAAAAGAAGAGAUUGAAUGGAGAGUGUAGUUUGCCAAGGGUUGGUGUUAUCUGCAAUUUUUUCAUGGAUUGUAAUAGCUUGUUUUUUCGAUGUAACUAAAAAGUUUAGAUCUCUGCUGCAACCUUGGGCCUCUCACCAUGUUGUUGGAGGAACUAUCACCAUACUCAAGAUCCAGAAACAUCAGCAUAAAUUCUUGGAUGCUCUCUUUUCUGGGUUGUCCUGUGUGGUUUCUGUGCCCUUCUACACCGCGUUUCUUCCGUUGCUUUUCUGGAGUGGGCAUGGGAAAUUGGCCAGGCAAAUGACACUGCUGAUGGCCUUCUGUGAUUAUCUAGGAAACUGCAUAAAGGAUGUGGUAUCAGCUCCUAGACCAAAUUCUCCGCCUGUUAGAAGAAUAACGGCCACAAAAGAUGAGGAAGACAAUGCUUUGGAAUACGGGUUGCCUUCUUCGCAUACUCUCAACACAGUAUGCUUAUCUGGAUUCCUUGUAUACUACGUUCUAUCCUAUAUACAGAGCGAAGAUGCUUGUGUGAAACUUGGUGUGGUCACCCUUGCUUGCUUGCUUGUGAGCCUAGUCGGUUUUGGAAGGGUCUACCUCGGCAUGCACAGCUUAAUUGAUAUCGUUGGUGGUCUCAUCAUCGGGUUUGUCAUUCUUGCGAUGUGGUUAACAGUCCACGAAUAUGUGGAUGCCUUUAUUAUCUCUGGACAAAAUGUUACAUCAUUUUGGGCUGCUCUGAGCUUCCUCUUACUUUUUGCGUAUCCCACUCCCGAGUUUCCAACUCCAAGUUUCGAGUAUCAUACUGCCUUCGACGGCGUUGCAUUUGGAAUUGUGGCCGGGAUUCAGCAGACAUACCACCAGUUCCACCACGAAGCAGUUCCACAAAUAUUUACCUCUGAACUCACGAUUCCCGCUUUUCUGGGAAGAAUGCUUGUUGGGAUACCAACAAUCCUGAUGGUCAAGUUCUGCAGCAAGGCUCUCGCAAAAUGGAUUCUCCCGGUAGUCUCGAACACGUUGGGUAUCCCAAUAAAAUCAACCAGCUAUAUCCCAAUGCUUAAUGGUUCAACUGCAGAGAAGAAAUCCAGUGAGAUUAAGCAAUCAAGUUAUAUCCACAAGAUGUUAUUUUUCUCCGACCAGGAUUUAUUUGAUGUCGACACCGGUAUCCGCUUCCUUCAGUAUGCAGGCCUUGCGUGGUCGGUCGUAGAUCUUGUCCCGUCUCUCUUCUCUCACCUGAGGCUGUAACCUGUUUUAGUGGCAGCCUGCAGAUGAUUUGUAAAUUCAUUUGUUAUGUUUGUUCGGUACUGAAUUUGUCCAUUUUCUUUUUUGUUAAUGAAAUGGUCCCCAAGAGUACGUUGGCAGCUUUGUACUCCCCUUGGCUUUAAAAAAUGUUAGCAUCUUCCUCCCAUUUGGAA